AAAUAUUAAGUUACAGAGAAAAAGGUCUUUGAACCUUUUGUUUAGCUCUUCUUAGCUGUACAAAGCUCCCUCUCCUCCAUAGUUACCACUCUCCGAAGAUCUACAAUCUCUCUCUCUAAACCAGAGGUUAUUAAUAUGAUUAUGGUGGAGAGAGAGUCAGUGCUGGAUCUUCAUUAAGCAUCAUUAUCAUCGUCUGCCAAAAGUAGAACCAUAAAGCUUCUUCCGUCUUCUUUAUUUUUUUAAAAAAAUUCCGCUUUGCGCUGCUUGCUUGAUUGCUUUAACUUUGCAGCCCCGACUCAGGAAGUUGGGAUGGCAAAUAGAUUGAAGGAAGACGAGAAAAAUGAACGAAUAAUACGAGGCCUUCUCAAACUUCCUGAUAAUCGGAGGUGUAUUAACUGUAACAGCCUGGGGCCGCAGUAUGUUUGCACUAAUUUCUGGACAUUUGUCUGCACCACAUGUAGUGGGAUACAUCGAGAGUUCACACACCGCGUGAAAUCAAUAUCGAUGGCCAAAUUCACUUCACAGGAAGUAAGUUCUCUGCAAGAAGGGGGAAAUCAGCGUGCAAAAGAAAUUUAUUUUAAAGAAUGGGAUCCCCAGCGUCAGUCUUUCCCAGAUAGCAGUAAUGUUGAGAGGCUACGAGACUUCAUAAAGCAUGUAUAUGUUGAUAGAAGAUACUCUGGUGAGAAGAACUAUGACAGGCCUCCAAGGGUGAAGAUGGGGGACAAAGAAGAAAUUUAUGAGAACAGGAAUCAGGGUGGAUCUAGAAGCCCUCCGUAUGAAGAGACAUAUGAGCGUCGUUACAGUGACAGGUCUAGUUCUGGAGGAAGAAGUCCAGUAUACGAACCAGAUAGUCGACAAUAUGGUGAUUACCGGAGAAGCCCUGCUCGUCCUGAGAUAAUAAAUGAUUGGCGUCGUGAUGAUAGAUUUGGAAAUGGGAGGAAAUUUGAAGAUCAUGGAGAUGGAGAAUCAAAACUAGAAGGCAGGUCACCUGAGCGUGUAAAAGAUAUGGAGUCAUCCAGCCCACCUGUUGUUCGGCCUGUUAGAGAAAUUUUGGGAGAGAAUAUAGUGCCUCUUCGUAUUAGUGAGCCUCCCAAAGCCAAUGGUGGGAGAGCUGUUGAUAGCUCAGUACAUACACAGAGAACUGCAUCAUCCGGUAGCUUGGGUUCCACCAACGAGAAUCCACCAGAAGUUAAAUUGGAGAGUACUAGGAGCUUGAUAGAUUUUGAUUCUGAUCCUGAACCUCUUCCAGCUGCUGUAGUUACUCAAGCACAACAAACAGCACCUGCUCAGUCCACUGUGCCAUCAACAAGCACUGCCAAUGAUAACAAUUGGGCGUCUUUUGAUUUUGCCCCUGACACAAGAGUCUUGCAAGCUCCAGCAAAUGCAUAUCCAUUGGAUUCUGUUCUUUCUCAGUUAUCAGCUCCUGCAACUGUUCCUGGUCAUGCAACAGGAUUAUCUAGCGGAGCUGGUGGUCCAAUCGCUUCAUCUCCGGGGAAUGUGAAUCUUUUAUCAAUUGGUGAUCCGCCUUCUGUGCCAAUGGGACACACUCCAAUGUUGCCCUUUGGUGCUGGUGCACCUGCAUCUCCACAAGUUAGCAGCUUUUCAACUUUUCCCUCUUGUGGUCCUUUGUCAUCUGCUCAGGGAUUAACCCCGGUAUCAACUGUCAGUGGGGUUAAUUCCUUCGUCAAAGUUACUGAUCCAUCACAAUGGUCCAGCACACAGCAUCAACAACCUUCUUUAUUUCCUGCUGGUGGUGGUCAGUUCACUAGUCAACAAUUUAGACCACCACUUGGUGGUCCAUCAGGCAACCAGCCAUGGAAUAUGUCAAAUGUCUCAAAUAUACAAGGGCCUUUGAGCACAACAGCUGCACAGGUUCCUCAAGCCAUCUCAAAAACUCCACAGCCACAGGAGAUGACCUCUAGUGGUACACAACCUUCGCCUGAAGAAGCAAAGUUGACUGGAAGAAAAGAACUUCCUGAGGAUCUAUUUACUGCAACCUACCCAUCAUAUCCUGCCAUAGUUCCAGGGUGGCAAACUGGUCCACCCCGUGGCAUGGGAUUUAGAAUGCCAUAUAACACUGUUAUGCCCUUGCAAACUUUUUCACAGCCAUCAAAGUCGACAAACCCAUUUGACUUCAGUGGCGAACAACCUCAACAUGCUCAAACACCUCCACAUACUCAAAUGUUUCCGUCCAUGGCUCCCCUGCAAAGUGCUCUGCCAAAUGUAUCACCACCUUCAGGCUUCUCACAUACUUCUAAUGUUGGUAAUACCCUGCCGGCGUGGAUGCCACCCCAAACAUUACUUUAUGCUUCUGGAAUGCCUGCCCAAGCGCCAAAUGUUGCAUCAGCAAUGCCCCCAAGGUACAUGGAACCCCAAUUAUCCAGCAAUAUGCCACCUUCAAGACAACAAGUUGGAUCCGUCCGUGGCGAGGGGGCUUCUUUUGGUUUUGUAAAUAUGGAUCAACAGCUUGCCAGUAGAUUUCCAGCUCCUGCUGCUCCACGUCCUUUCUCUUCUGUUGGAGGGAAUCCGUUUGGAUAAAUACAAAAAAAAUGGAAUCUCUUGUCAGAUGGUAUCAUAAGCAUCAGUUUGUUGCUACCUAUGAAAAGCUGGGUGGAAAGUUUCUGACUUUAUUACUGUAAUCGAAUGAUCCAGCCAUAUGAAGACCUCUCGUGUACAUUCCUGGUGUAAGGAUCAAAUUCCACACUGCUUAUGGAAGCUAGAUAUAUGCAGGUAAGAAAAGGGGGGAAGGGGGAAGGGAGCAGUUUAUAAUGUCCAAAAGAAUAUACACUUGUUGAGGAAUUUAGGUUAUUUUUUAUGCAGCUAAGGUUGUCCGUUGGUUAUUUUUGUAAUUUUCCAUGGGUUGAACCCUGUUGCAUGCUGCGCUGUUGUAUGAUUUUGCAUCAUCUUCAUUAUUUGUGGUGAGGUUUUCUUGAGUCUGUGAAAAGUUGCUAAAUAUUUGUCAUGUUGGACACGGUCAGUUUGGUAAUUAUCAUAUUGGAUAUAGCCCCAUCUCUCUUUCAGAUAUUGGUUGGUAUUGUUGAAGAACGGUGAUCUAAUACAAGCUUGACAUCGAGGAAGUGUUCAUUGUUAAACUCAAAUUUUGAGUAUUGGAUUGCUGUAAUGCUGUUAUAACAAUUGGGAAAAUUCCAGAAGUAAAAGGCUGUCUUUGAAGCAAAUCUAUAAGUAUGGAAUUCAUUGUACGUUUAAAGUUGGUUCAGAUACACAAAUCUGUAACUUGUAUUAGGAAA